AAAUAAUGAUAAAAUAUUAGUUGUUUCAUUUUUAUCAAGUUGUAAGUGAGUGGUAAAACGUCAUGACGAUAACGAUCAUCAUUUUGACGAUCCUACUGUGGUCAUCAGUCAAAGGUGAGUUUCCAGUCAAACGUGCCGUGGAAAUAGAGUGGGAUCUUGAGUCGACACCUUUAGAAAUUAGGACUGAUAGUGUGCUGGGGAGUGACGAUCAGGUGUAUGUGGACUUCUACUCUGCUGAGGAGAAAUAUGCAGGAGGAUUCGCGCUCUACUUCACCUCUACUCCACAAUACGAGCUCGGCUACUGCACAUCCGGGACUGACUUCCCUGUUAAUCUCCCCUCUACUGCUGACAAGGUGUGGCGCAUCACUCUAACCAGUAGAGUAGUGAUACACUGUAACGAGGUGGAGGUGCUUAACAAACUGCUCUCUGAAUCAACGUGUAGUGACAGUAAGUGGAGAACUAUCUGGAACAGGGACGUGACAAAGAUAUGGUUCGAUUCCGACGACACAGCAUCUGAUUACUACGGAACACAAUUACAAUUACCAGAAGAAGAUACAAGUGAAGAAGAAAAUGAAAGUGAACAGGGAGACAACCAGAACUACUCUGAUGCAGCAGCCCUGAAAGUCAGCUUAAUUUUCCUCGUCGUUCUCCUGUUUGCUGUUGAUAUGAGAAUCUAAACUUGUUUGUUGUUGUGGACUGGAAUGGUUCUACGGUACAAAACAAUAUAUUAACAUGGUGUUUUAUCGGGAUGUGAUAGAAAAAAAUAACAACUUAAAAAAACGGACGAAUCUAUAA